AUGGCCUCUCGCUCCGUCCUCCUCCGACUGAGAUCGCAGCUCCUCCGCUCCACGAAACUUACGUCCGCUGCCGGCUCCUCUACCUCCUGCACAAGCAUCUUCUUCUCCUCCACUCGCCAGAUCGCCUCCGCCGCCAGAUCGGAGCGGUUGAUUCUCUCCCCGAUUUCAGAUCUCCGCGCAGUUUACAACGAUUCCGCCUCGAUCUCAGGUCUCCGGCUCUUCUCCACGGCGCGCCGCCACCCGGCGCGGCCGAAGACCGUGGACAUCGGAGCCCGAGCUCGCCAGAUGCAGACCAGGCGGCUGUGGACCUACGCGCUCGCGUUCAGCUGCGUGGCCGGGUUCAUCGUCAUCGUCCUGAACAAUUUCCAGGACCAGAUGGUGUUCUACGUGACUCCGACCGACGCGAUGGAGCAGAACAAGGCGAAUCCGAGGAAGACGAAGUUCAGAUUGGGUGGAUUGGUCCUGGAAGGCAGCGUGGUCCAGCCUGCGUCGUCGCCGGAGAUGGAGUUCGUGGUCACGGAUUUGAUUACGGACAUUCUGGUGAGGUACAAAGGCGCUUUGCCGGAUUUGUUCAGGGAAGGUCAUUCGGUGGUGGUGGAAGGAUUCGUGAGGCCGAUUACGGAGGAGUUGAGGAAGGAAUCGGGAAGCAAGAGUGUUUCUGAGAAGGCCAAGGGUAUAGAUGUUUUCUUCUCGGCGACGGAGGUUUUGGCGAAGCACGACGAGAAGUAUAUGCCUGGGGAAGUUGCUGCUGCGAUUGAGAAGAACAAGAAGAAGCUGGAAGAAGAUAAAGAAGAAGGAUCAGCAGCAUUGGCAGUAGCAGAUGAGAAGAAGUGA